AUGGGUUGGGCAGACGUGGGCUAUCACUCCGACCACAUCCUCACACCUAAUAUCGAUAGUCUGGCCGCCGAUGGAAUCCUUCUCAACCACUUCUACGCUCAACCCAUGUGUAGCCCGAGUAGGGGUGCGCUCCUGACGGCCGUACAUCCCAUACAUCUGGGCCUUCAAAACCGUAUGAUUAUAAACCACUCGCCCACUGGUUUACCACUGGAUUGCAAAAUAUGGCCCCAAUAUCUAAAACAACGCGACAAUUACGCGACACAUAUUGUCGGUAAAUGGCACCAGGAUUUUGCGCGCCGUGAGUUCACGCCUACCCACUGGGGCUUUGACUCACACGUGGACUUCUGAUCGAUGG